AUGCCUUCCAAUGCGACGUUUUUCAACAAUUACGGUUACGAUUUCCUUCUGGGCUCGAUCGCUGCGUUCUAUAUAUUCAUGGUGCCUUACACCAAGGUCGAAGAAAGUUUCAAUGUUCAGGCAAUGCACGAUAUUCUUUAUCAUCGCCUUCACUUAGAUAACUAUGAUCAUCUGGAGUUUCCCGGUGUGGUUCCUCGCACUUUCAUAGGUGCUUUGCUUGUCUCACUUAUUGCGUCUCCCAUUGUGUUAAUUGCAACUUUGCUGCAUUUGCCAAAGUUUUAUGCUCUUAUCAUAGUUCGAAUGGUCCUAGGAUGCAUCGUACUGUAUACACUAAGAUUCUUUCGUCAUCAGAUAAGGAACAAAUUUGGUUGCCAAGUAGAAACCUUCUUUGUGAUACUAACUUCCAUUCAGUUUCAUUUUCUGUUCUAUUGUUCUCGCCCGCUUCCUAACAUUCUUGCUUUGGGUAUAGUGAAUUUGGCAUUUGGAUACUGGUUCCAGGACCGCUUUUAUGCCGCUCUAAACUCUUUGAUUUUUGCUACAACUGUGUUCAGAUGUGACAUGCUGUUACUUCUUGGUCCCCUUGGGCUACAACUUCUUCUGACGAAAAAAAUUUCAGUAUGGAGUGUUCUAAAAUACUGUACUGGGAUGGCUUUCUUAUGCGUAGGUAUAACCAUAUUGGCUGACUCAAUUAUGUGGAAAAGGUUGUUGUGGCCUGAGUUUGAAGUUUUUUGGUUUAACUCUGUCCUGAACAAGAGUUCUGAAUGGGGAACACAUGCUUUCCAUUGGUAUUUCACUUCCGCACUCCCUCGUUCACUACUUGUUGCAUAUCCUCUUUCACUGUUUGGUUUCUUACUAGACAGAAGAGUACGGCCUUUUGCUUUCCCUGUUCUUGCCUUCAUUUUUCUUUACUCUAAGCUUCCCCACAAGGAGCUUCGUUUUAUUUUAAGUUCAGUUCCAAUUUUCAACUUGUCUGCUUCUAUUGCAUGUAACAGAAUUUACAAUAAUAGGAAAAAGAUGAUCUGGAACCUGCUUUUCCUCAUUAUGUUGGGAUUACUUCUAAUGAGUCUUGCAGUAACCGUCACAACUUUUACAGCAUCAUAUUGGAACUAUCCUAGUGGUCAUGCCUUAAGAAAAUUGCACGGGAUUGGUCUUCAACAGGAUACGAAUGAACAAAUAGUUCACAUUGAUACUUUUUCUGCAAUGAAUGGAAUAUCUCGCUUUUGUGAAAGGGAUUUCCCAUGGAGAUAUUCUAAAGAAGAAGAAAUUAGCUUGCAAGAAUUUCAGCAGAGAAACUUUACUUUCCUAAUAAAUGAACAUCCUGUGAUCAAUGGAUUCAAGUGUCUAUUUACUGAAGAUGGUUUCUCAAGAAUGCACAUUAAAUAUGGCUUUCCACCAAUCUUACUGGUUAAAGAGCCCAAAGUUUAUGUCCAUGGAAAUUUAGAAAACCAGGUUGUUUUCAACAAAGUUUGGCCUGGCUGCCCAUAG